UUAUUUUAAAAAAUUAUAAGAAAGUUUACUUUUGUUGCGUUCACAUAUUUAAAUGUCGUCAUGUCCAAAACCAUUGAAUUAAUUCACUUAAUAUGUUAUACCAAAAUGCUUCGAAUUCAAUGUAGAACCUCAACAACAACACUUUUAUAUGAACGUUUUUUUUCAGUCGCUAUUUCUGUACGAUCUAAGAAGGGGGGUCUCGCUUCGCUGACUCACCCUGUAUUUUACCAAAGCAGAACAAGUCGACAGACAAUUAUUUUCAAUGGUUUGGGCUUGAACUCAGUUGGUCAAGGUCAGAUUUUCACUUCACUUGCUUAAAACUUCUCUCUAUCGGUAAUAUCAAACGUGUAGUAAGUAACAGUUGGCGCACGAUACUUUUAUGUCGGAAAAUGUCUCGCGUAGAUUCAUACAAUCGAAACGUUCAAGAUCAGAAUGUUGAAAGCAAGAAAAAAGGUGGUAGUUUGGCUUCAAUACUUCUCUAUGGAGUGAUUUUAGGAUUUUAUCUAUUCACAAUCGUAUACCACAGCCUGAAACUGAAUGGGGCAAACUUCCCUGAAAACCCUAAAUAUCAAUUAUUGAUUAUAAUUAAGAAGUUUUCAAUGUUUUAUUUUACAAUAUGGAACUUUAUUCUGCAAAUUAUAUUCCUUUUACUGGCUAUUGUAGACGAAGUCUUGAAACUAGCAAACAUUUCCAGGAUUCAGUCUGGAAUUGAGAAAAUUAGAUUAUCAAUUUUCCCUUCAUUGGUCUUUCCUAGUGCCUUAAUUGUGGCUUGUAUUUUUUGGGGCAUCUGGCACAUAGACAGGGAACUGAUUUUUCCGAAAACGAUUGAUGAGUUUUAUCCGCCAUGGAUGAAUCAUGCGCUGCAUACCUUUAUAAUAUUCCCGCUAAUUAUUGAAGUGAUAAGCCAAUUUAAAUACAACAACAUACAAAAUGUUGCAAUCACGAAGAAGCGAGCCGCUGCUAUUUUAAUAUUAUAUUGCGCCAUUUACCAAACCUUGUAUUUGUCAGUAUAUUUUCUUCAUGGGUUUUGGUUAUACCCAAUAUAUAAAAUCCUUACUUGGUCUCAACGAGUGGGUUUCAUAUUUGGACAAAUCGUUCUUGCCUUAUCAUUGCAACAGCUUGGAUUCUUUCUGGUGAACCAGAACACAUCCAAACUGAAGGCAAAGUAGACGCAGUGCGAAGCAACGCAGCACCACGUUCUGAUGCAUUUAAUUGCAACUUGUUUUCCUUUGUUAUAUGUUAUUUAUUUGCUUUAUAAAGUGAAGGUAUAUUAAGGAAUGGAAAUAUAUCGAAAUAAAUUGUGUAUUCUUCGA